UUUAACAACUCUCUCACUUUUGUAUGAACUUUAUAUACUCCAUCGAAUGACUACUAGCUCCAAGGUGUCACGUUGUUUGCCAUUGCAGUCAUGCUCCUCGUGCUGGUGCUGCCAAAAUUCUAUGAUGACGAAAAUGGCAUGAUCAGUAGACGUCUUUUGGAACGUAUACACCGUCUCGAACAUGAACAACUUGAAGAAGAUGACCAACAGCAACACGAACAACAACGACGAGGAAGAAUUACAAGAAGAAAAUCGAAUCUACGUCGGCAAGUGUACAUCUGGACGCUGCGGUUCUUACAGUUACCACACGACCAACCGAGUUGUUGGUUUGCUAGCAUGCUUUUUAUACUGUCGCUCAUCACGUUGCCAUGGUUUCGGGCCGAGUUUAUCCCGUCUGCUCCGCCAGACGAACGCUUCGGAACAUUUUAUUUGUGGGGCUUGAAAUUUGCAGACGAGUGGAUCCCGAUUGCGGACACUUGGAUGUUUGCGGCGGAGCAGGUCUGGCUCAACAUUGUCGUGUUUGUUAUUUUGUUUGCAUGGCGUUCUGUGGACAACUUGGCGUCCUCGCCGUCAUCCACAUCAUCACCGUCCGUGCAUGCUACUGCUGUCAACGACGUUGAAGAUGUAGCUUCUACUUUGUCCCUACAAAAGCAAUCACAACGACGACAGCGUCAACAACAGAAACAACAAAGAUUUUCUACUAGCAGACGUCAAUUGCAUGAAUAUCCAUGGUUCAAGGGCCUCGAGGUUGUAUACUGGCUAUGGCGCGUAUCCGAGUUGAUGGCAUUGGCAGCAUUCUAUGGUGGUGCGUCAGCACUCAUGUAUAACAUCUUGGUUGUGUGGCUUUCGUUCGUCGGCUAUAAUCUUGCGUGGGGCAAGGGAGGCAUGUUUAACCAAAAGCGCCGAUCGCCAUUUCCGAAACUUGCAGAAUGUCCGUGCAACCAGCAGCAGCACAACAACAACAAGAUCACCAUAAGCCAAGACCAGGGCGAACAAGAGCAAGAAGGCGUCAAUGUUUACCCUGAUAAUACCAGCAUUCAUCAUAUCCUCAAGGCCACGGAUGACAUGAUGAUGGUGCAAGGCAGUAGUACGAGCAAUCCAAACAGCAGCGGUGGCGAAUCGAGUAGUGGCAGCAGCAGUAGUAGCAGUGGUGGGAGUGCGUCAACUACUCCCUUCAACGGGAGCCCACGAUCCUCAGCCAAGAGCCGGAAACGAAGUUUAAGAAGGACCUAAAAAGAACAUGAAAAAAAAGCCCAUGUUUUUCUCCGCUCUAAUAAAAAAAAAAAGUAGUUAUCCAAGUCCCUGUCUGGGU